AGUGUCAAAAAUCCAAAUCUCUCCCAUCGAAUCCGCCCAGUUUAUUCCGCCCGGUGUCCACGUCCACUCCCUCGUCUUCAACAUUCCGCCCAGUUUAUUCCGCAUCGAUCCGGAGAUUAGGGUUUCCGCUCGCCGCCGAUGAAAGGCGGCCGCCUGCACCGACCGGAGCCGCCGCAGACCCACCUCGCCAUGGCGGCGGCGGCCGCGGCGCCUCCCAUCCCCGCCCCUAACCCCACCGAUGACUGGGUGGACGGCUCGUGGACGGUGGACUGUUCCUGCGGCGUCACGUUCGACGACGGCGAGGAGAUGGUCAGCUGCGACGAGUGCAGCGUGUGGGUGCACACGCGGUGCGCACGCUAUGUCCGCGGCGUUCACACAUCCUUCUCGUGCCACAAAUGCCGGAGGUCCAAGCGCGUGCCUUCCUCCGCUGACGAGGCCGAGGUUGCUGAGCUCCUCGCCGAGCUGCCAACCCACCGCCCGCCUCCGCUGUACCGCCGCUGGGCCGAGGUCCCGCUCCCAGCCCGCGUCCACGUCCACGGGCUUCCUGGCGGGGGCGACGGCGCUCUUUUCCGCGGCGCCCCGGCCUUUUCCGCCGCCCUGUGGCGCUGCACCGGCUACGUCCCCAAGAGAUUUGGCUUCCGCUACUGCGAGUUCCCCUCCUGGGCCGACGAUAAUGAUGGGGCUGAUGCUCUUUUUGCGCUGGCCAGAGAGAAGCCCAGGGAGAUGACGGAUGAUGUUUUGAUAAGUACUGAACCGAAGAAGGAGAAGCAUUAUGUCCGAAGCCUGAGUUGUCGUGGCAAGAAGAUUGACAGCAAUCAACAAGCAAUGACUCCUCUAACCAAGGCUAAGAAGAGAGAGCCUGAUAGUUGGAAGAAUGAGUGUCAGCAGAGUGAGGGCUGUGGGAUACAAGAUUCCAUUUGCGAUGAUGGUCACGCUGAAACUAAUAUGGUCAGUUCUGAUUUGCUAACUGCUAAAACCAAGAAGAAGAUGGAGGAAUCCUUGGAGCCAAGUGGGGAGAAUAAUAACUGUGAGCAAGUUGAGAUUUCGAGUAAGGAUGGCAAAAAGGUGCCCAUGAAGUUGGAGGUCUCAUCUGGAGUUCAAACUACAUCAUCCAUUGUGGAACAAGAAGUGCACUCAGGGUUUGUUGGGGUAGAGGUUACAAUGUAUAAGCAACAGCCAGAAGAGGAUCACAUUGUGUGCUCAAGGCCUGACAUAACAAGUUCAGGUCCCAUCAAAGUGCAAGACAUACAGGGCCUUCCAAAGCAACCAAAUCAAGCUUCAAAUCUGCAGGUUGUUGCUGGUGUACCAGAUUUACUUAUUGGUCAGCCAAAACCACAGACUAUUAAAACUGAGCCUAGUUCUCAGGAAAACAAGGCAGCUCACUGUGUCGAUUUAGUGAGUGAUGACCAUGAAAGCAAUAAGCAAGGCCUAGGGGAUGCUGCAGUUCUUUCAAUCGUCCAAAAAGAUUCAUCCAAUUUAAAAUAUGGUUCAGUAUCCCAUGAACAUCUGAAAUCGGAAGCACAAAAUCCGAGGCACACAGUUGCUGAGAAUCCUAACUCAACUUUGGGUUCUGCAAAAGUUUGUACAUCGUUUUCUGGUUCUGUCUCUACACCACCUGAGUUAUCACACUCUCUGGCAUCUAAAGAACCAUCAUCAGGGAAUAGUGAUUGUUCAAAGAAAGAGGAGUUGCUCUCACCAACUGUCAGCAAACAUGAUCCCGUGAAAUUUUCUGAAGAUAGUUCCCAGGAAGUGACAAGAUACUCUGAGAAAGUUCAACUAAAAGACUCACAACCUUCUGCACCAAAAUCAUCUCAAGCUAGUAGAAUACAUCUGUCUACAGUCAAACAUAGAUUACCGGUGUCAAAGGAGCAAUCACAGAAGAUAGCCCUCACUGGAGGCACCUCAGCAAGAUCAUUCCAUGGAGAGGUGCCAUCACUUCAGUCUCGUAAUAAGGCAGCAGCUUGUAGUUCUUCCCAGAAAAAGGACAAGAUCUACCAGCGCAUCAUUAAUGUCACGCAAGAUAGUUCCAAUAAUUCAGCACCAACCGAGCUGCGUGCAUCUGAUUCGGCUGCCCCAUUGAGUGAUGAGCAGCUUGCAUUAUUGUUGCAUCAACAAUUGAACAGCUCCCCCAGAGUACCGAGGGUGCCACGUUGCCAUCAAGCAGCUGGUGCACAGAUGCUUCAUUCAACUGGAUCAUCUGUUUUUUCUAAGCGGUAUUCAUCACAUGGAGGAAGGGAUCAUGCAGCGGUUAUAAAAAAGAGAAACAGAGAAGAUUCAUUAAAAGAUAGCGAGGACACUAAGAGGACAGAAAAAAGGCAUAGAGUUUCUAGCACGGAGCAUGCUCCUGUGAAAAACUCGUGCAGAUCAGCUGAAAAUAUAGCAUCAGAACAGAAAAUUCGUGGCAUAUGUCCAACUGGAGCCAAUGCUGGUUUAUCAAAGGAUGAUUUGAUGGAUACUAUUGUUUCACACAAUUUACCUGGAUUGAUUGAUGAAAUUGUCAGUAAAGACAGGAAUAUAACAUAUGUGGAACUCUGUGAUGCUAUCCAUCAGCAUUUUAGGGACUCAAGGAAAUCGAAUGGGGGAGAUUCUUUGUAUCGCAGUUAUGCGGAUGCCAUCAAAGGUUGCCUUAGGAAGAGGAGGGAGUGGGCUCACCUUUUUGACCAAGCUUCAAAAAUGAAUUCAAAUAAAAGGCGAACAGGGGAAAGCAACUCAUUGUUACCUGACGUACCGGACGCAGAGAACAUAAGAACUGGACCUGAUAGGGAUUCAGAGGGGAGUGCUGAUUUGCAUCAGGAUAAUCUACCUAGGGGCAAACGUAAGUGUCGGAAACGCAGGCGACUUGAGCUCAAAGGUAGGAGAGUCAGGGAUACAAGGAAGAGAUCCAGCAUUGAUUCUUCCUCAGAAGAUGCUGCUGCCCCCUUGUCUGAUUCCAGUAGUGACAGAAAUAGUAAUCCCAGGGACGACGAGAGCAAAGAAGAUAAUUCUGUUGCCCAAGAAAUUGGCGGUUACAUAGACGCUAAGGGUGCAGCUUCAAGUACAUAAUAUUCAACUGGUGGUAUAUGCAUAUGACUAGAACUGAAUCUUGUGGUGAAUUUUCAAGUUGGUCAGUGUUCGAUGGAUUUCUUUAUCCAUCUACAAAUCUAGGACCAAAAAGAAAAAUGGGUACUGCAGUCCGCAUCACCACCAGUCCUUUGAAAGAGCAGGAAAUGGAGGAGUUUGUCUAACAAAUCUGUUAUGUUCAACAAUGGUGUAUAUAUUAUUAGUCAGAAUUUAGCCUUGCGCUAUUAUGAUAGAAUUAGUUGCCUGGUAAACAGUGGUAACAAUGUUGUUUUGUUUAUUUAAUGUAUCGAUGGACCAUCUUAUGUAUGAGUGAAUUAAGUAGACAUUUUCGUGUCGAGUAUGAUAAAUUGUUAGAUUGCUAGGUUAAAUAAAUCUGUUCUUGUUUUUGACCACUUGUCUAUUCGAUAAGGCAUGUAACCUGUAAUAUGCAAUCCACUAGUAUUCAAUUGCUGUGGCUCGUUUUCAUUCA